AUGGUGGAACCGUUAGUUUUUAGUGACAAGCUAAGUGGAACCGUUAGUUUUUGUGGAUCGCUUGUAUCGAAUAUGGAGUGGUUUAGCAGCGACUACGAGUACGAAUGGGGACCGGUCAUAAAGUACGUGUACUGGAGGGUGGAGGGUAAGUUGGAGGGGGACGAAACAAACAUUUAGGGUGGGGUGGGGGGUGGGAAUUGGGGGAGUGAAGUGUGUGGGUGUGGGGUGUGUGUGUGUGUGGAGACGAAUUACGACAUUUGUGGGGGUAGGAAACAAUGAGUCGAAUACUAUGUCUAUGAUUAAUAAAGCUACAGACUUUUAUAAUACAAUAUACUUUAAAAAAAUCGAGUGUAUGUUCCUGAAUGUUCGUAAUAAAUUGCAAUGUAGCACAGUUGUAUUUAUGAAAGUGCCUCGAUCGGAACCUAUUAGUUUGACAUCUCUGCAAUCUGAACAGUCUUUGAUUACGUUAUUUUACAGUCGGGUGGCUCCCCUGCACUGACACUUAUUAGUUCCCAUAUUGCCUCAUUAACACUUCAGGCCCCACCUCAGCCAGAUCACUUUGACCAAGAUGAGGGAAAGUUGUCUGAAAGUAAAUCGGACGACAGUGAUAUCGAUAUUGUCCUAGACGCAAAAGCUGCGUUAUCAAGUCCCGAAUCCUCGGAAGAUGAAGGAAAGAUGGAAUGGAGGAGCUGCGAUGCUUCUGACGAUGAAGAUGUCGAGGCAAUAUUCACUACAACAAGAUCUGGCAGGGUUGCAACUAACUGGAGAGCAAAUAAUUUCGUUUGUUUCACAAUUGUUUAG